GGUUGAGUAAUUAGUCAACGUAAUUGGUCUAAAGUUAGGGAUCUAACAGUAAGGACCAAUAAUCACUGACCGCUCACUGAUCAGCUAUGUUUUCUGAACGCAACCAUUCUUAAUCAUUCUGAUUGGCUCUAUCUCUGCUCUAUUGCUGUUCCGUUCCGCUUGUUCGAUUUCUGGAAUGCACCUUCGUCCACAGCAAAAGAUUUGUACGGCGGCCAUUAUUUCAUCGCUUUCGUUUCGUUCCAAUGCGAUCUUUAUUAACGUGCAAUAAUAAGCCGCAAUAAAGGAAUAUUUAUUUAUCCACACGGAAGACUCACUAAAUACUGAUGGAUCGGCCAAAACGUUAUGUUGCCAAACCACAGCGGUACCAAACUACAAAUUCAGAUGAAACUCCGCAGAAAAAAGUUGUACAAAGAGCCCAAGUUGACAUCGAAGAUGAUGCAGAGGAAAUCAGAAGAAUUUUAGAAGACAAAGAGUGUGAUAUCCACAAUUCCGUUAUAUCAUACCCACAAAUGCACUCACAGUCACACAUGCAGCCACAAACGCACUCACAGCCACACAUGCAGUCACAGCCACACACUCUCUUACAGCCGCACACGCAGUCACAGCCACUGAUGCCAUCACAGCUACUGAUGCGAUCACAGUCACGUACAUACUCACAACCAAACAUGCCUUCACAACAACACAUGGACUCAUUGCCACAUACAUAUUUACAAGAACAUGUAGACUCGCAGCCACAUAUACAUUCCCAAACACACACCCAGUCGCAACCAUACGCACAGAAUGAGCUACAACUGAUCCAUUAUACAGCAGAAAUUGGAGGUACCAAUGUCAAUGCAGACCUACAAAGCAUAAUGGAGAGGAUGCACAAUGAGUAAGUUCAUACAUAUAUAUAUAUU